AUGAAGUAUCGUCUUGGCAGGAUGGGAGCACCCUUUAUUUUGCGCCAGGCCCUUUUACAGGCGUCUCUUCUCUCAAUUUCCUCCGCUUCCCCCGCCCCAACUGCUCUCGCCGACGCCGUUAAUGUCGCCCUGCCAAACCCCAUCAUUACACCCUCCCCGGUCGAGCGUAAUCCUUCUCCAGUCGUCGGCCGAGACAUUCUAAGCGACAUUGACUCUGAUGUCGGCAGCAUUCUCUCUGGGCUUGGGUCUGACCUACCCUCGUGGGUCGCAUCUGGAGUCCCCAACUUCUUCCAAGGUUUUCCGACUGGAGACGCAGUUGUGAGCUCCCUCGGCUUGGAAAGCACGGAAUUGGCAGCUUUACCAACAAAUGUGUUGAACAUCAACCCUUACGCCAACUGGACCAACUCAGGCUGGAACAUUCGCUUCCACGGAAACGUUUACAAGCAGCCAAACACUUCGGUCUCAGACUUGAACAAGCUUGCUGAUGGCUUUCUCGUCAACACUAGUAUCUCGGACCUUCCUGAAUCCCAGCAAGAGCAGGCACGUAACCUGACCGCCGAAAUUUAUGUUGUCCAGCAGCCAAAUGUUGCCGUGAACACUAUCCAUCUCGAGCCUGCACCGGGUCAGGGAUCCAGCGGACAGCCAGGCGGCGGUGGGUCAUCUAACACAACGGGUGGCACGCAAGACAUCUCUCUGCCUUACAACACAACUGUCGAAGGCGAUUUCGACACAUUUGUGCCGAUCGACAGCAAUGAUCUCACUGCGGGAAAUGAAACCUCGGCAAUCCAGAGACUCAACACUUAUGUUAAGGGCGCAACUAUCGGAAAUAGCACCGCCUAUCUCGUGCCUCCCACUGGACUCACUGUCGUUUCCGAUAUAGACGAUAUCCUGCGUGUCACCAAGAUAUAUGAACCGGAGCAAGGACUACUCAACUCUUUCGCCCGCCCAUUCACUCCUUGGGAGAAUAUGCCAGAUGUUUAUCGCAACUGGUCCACCAGCCUCCCAAAUAUGCAUUUCCACUACCUUACCACCACCCCCGAGCAAAUUACUAGAAACUACAUGCAAUUCAUCUACACCAACUACCCGGGUGGCUCUUUCGACACCCGUCCUCUGAACUUCAGCGACAUUUCAGCAACCCUGUCAAUCCGCAAGUUCCUGUUACAAAAGGUCUUCGAAACCUUCCCUGAGCGCAAGUUUAUCCUGAUCGCAGACACCAGCAACAGCGAUGUCAUGCGCGACUACCCAGAAAUGGCUACCGAGUUCCCGGGACAAGUCCAGUGCAUCUUCCUCCGCAACACCACGGCAACAGAUUCGGGCGACAGGUUCCCAUACGACACAUCCGGGUUCAAAGACCUAAACCAGUCAAUGUACAUGUUCUUCCUGAACCCCGAUGACCUGACCAACUUGGAUAUUGCGAAUGGACAAUGCUACAAUCAGUCUAUUGCUCAGAAUCUGACGUUCGGUUACCAGGGUCUGCCCCUUGGCCUGGGAGAUAGCCCAACGGCAGUCAACGGGUCAGCAAACCAUACCGGAGCUGCUAGCGGACUCGUGACAAAGGAGUCUACUGGUGUGCGGAGCUUAAUGGCUUUGAUCGCAGCGAUGGUCACGGCCACUUUUAUGUUCUUGUAA